UUUUGACAGAGUAAUCGUUCCUGUAUAUGUAUUUUCUUGCAGCAAAAUAAGUCAUGGCCAACCGGCCAACUGUAAAAGGAAAGACGGACAGAAAGAAAGAAAAAGGAAGAUUUAUCGCACAGCGUUUCGCUUAGGUCUCAAGGAGCAAACGAAGAAAAAUUCAGCCUGUCAAAAUGGUGAAAGCGGUGGUUGGAGAAGAAACCCAACUCAAAUUGAUUGAGGAUCGUCUCAGCCAAUCCGGUCUCCCCGUUCAGUAUGUGUUUCGUAUAUCGCAGUUGGGUCUCGUAGUUGGCAAGCUGAGCUCGCCUUUAGACCGGGGUUUCGUCUUCGAUUUGGUUCCAACACCACCCAACGACGCCGGAGAGCCCGCGUGUUCACUCCUCGAGUCCGUCAAGGACGACAAGAAAAAGGGAACUAAGUCCAGAUCCCAGGCUACUGAAGUCUCCUCUCUGUUUAUCGAUCGCGAUUGGGUCGCCGAACACGCUCGCCAGGUAGCUAGAAUGCUAGUGGGUGGAGUGAGGGUGGUUGGCAUCUAUAUAUGGGUGAGCAGUGAUGCUUUUAAAAAUUCAACCAUAAUGCUUUCUCAGCUCUUGCAGACUAUAAAGGGAGUUGCGGAAGCAACACCCCUACAGGAAACUGAUCGGGAGGAAAGACUGCUCAUUCACAUUUGUUACAGUCCAAUGAGAUGGACAUGUCGAAAUUGCACAUGGACUUCAAAUAUUACAUCAAGCAGCCUACGACCCUGUGAUUUCAAAAUGGGAAGGGUCCUAACUUCCCUUCAGACUUUCAAGUGCACCUAUAAUUUUAACCUUAGAUUGCCCAUAUGUCAUGAAAGUGCAUCAAAUGUGCAAACAUUGAGUGAUGUUCUUCGACAAGGAAUUUCUCAUCAUGCUAAAGAACUGAAAGAUGCAAAGGCGAUCAUUGAUGGUAAUUUGGUGGUUAGUGACGAACCUUGCAAGUUGGAUGGUGUACAUGAAGUUGAAUUGCUUCUACCAUUCAUGAAAGACUCAAUUGCAGAAGAGUGCAGCAGAAAAGAUGCUCUCGGUGUUCUUGUCCUCAAUGGAUCAGUGUGUUCUUUUGCAUACUUGAACUCAAAAGAACCAAUUUCACAAGCUGUGUCUGAUAUAAAGAUGGAUAUCAUCAUGAGUCUGCAAAGUAGAUUAGAUAUCAUCUGUGAUGAGGCAUAUGGAGAUGUGGGACCAAAAGAUGAUGCUAGCUCAGAAGCAAGUGAUGGGAUAUCAACUGAUAAACCUGUUUCGCAGCUUGUCCUGCACUUCUUAAGAAAAGAAUGCAGUCUUCCAUUUCCUCGAAGAGUAUUUGUUCCUUGGUUGGGAGGCACCUACAUAUGUGACUACCUACAGCCAUCUGAGACUCUUGAGGUUCUAAAAGAUCAUUGUGUUGAGUUGAUGUCCAUGGAAGGUCCAACUGAUGCCUCAACGAUAUUAAAACCUGAAAUAGAAGCCCCAUCUCUGGUCACUAAGUCCUUCUGGGAUGUGGCAGCUCCAUUUUAUUCAGCAUCUAGCUCUCCUUUGGGGAGAAGUGGAGGUGACAUGGAGGAGGGAAGUAGAACGGAAACUUCUAAUUCGGAUAAUGUCCGCAUCAUGGGUGCUGUUCUCUGCAUUCUACUUUUUAUGUUACUCGGGUUUGUGAUUUAUGCUCUUGGGGGAUCUGGAUAACAGUCAAUCAAGUAAAGCCUCAGUUAAAAUGUCAAAUGGGUUAGCUUUUGUUGGCUGAAAAUCAAUCGCUAAGGAUUUAUUCGUUAACAAGCAGUGGGAAAGGUAU